AUGGCGGCGGGGCCGGGGGUGGGCAGCGGCGGCGGCGGCGGUGCGGGAGGGGCGAGCGGGAGCGGUCCCGGCGGUCCCGGCCCUCCGCCUCCGUCCUCGCUGUCGCCGGCGCCGCCGCUCUGGUACCACCGCGACCUGAGCCGGGCGGCGGCGGAGGAGCAGCUGGCACGGGCCGGGCGCGACGGCAGCUUCCUGGUGCGGGACAGCGAGAGCGUGGCAGGAGCCUUCGCCCUCUGCCUCCUGUUCCAGAAGCAUGUCCACACCUACCGCAUCCUGCCUGACGAGGAGGACUUCCUGGCAGUGCAGACGUCGCAGGGGGUGCAGGUGCGGCGGUUCCGGACCCUGAGCGAGUUGAUCUCCCUCUACCUGCAGCCCAACCAGGGGCUGGUCUGUACCCUGCUCUUCCCGGUGGAGCGGGACAAGGACAAGGACAGCCUGGAGGACAGGGACUGCUCGGACGGAGAGGAGGAGAAGCCUCCCCUGCCCCCCCGCUGCGGCUCCACCGCUGGCACUGCCAACCCCGCGGGGCUCAGCCCCUCGCCUCUGGGCUCGGCCGUGCCCGAGGGCAGCCUGGAGGGCCCCAAUGGCCUCAGCAGCAUCUCCCACGAGUACCUGAGGGGCAGCUACAGCUUGGACCUGGAGGCUGUCAGGGGUGGGGCCAGCAACCUCCCCCACCUCAACAAGACCUUGGUGACAUCCUGCAAGCGGCUCCACAGCGAGGUGGACAAGGUGCUGGCAGGGCUGGAGAUCCUCUCCAAGGUGUUUGACCAGCAGAGCUCCACCAUGGUCUCCAAGAUCCUGCAGCAGCCUGCAGGGCAGAGCGGGGAGCAGGAGCUGGAGACCUUGGUGCUGAAGCUGUCGGUGCUGAAGGACUUCCUGGCCAGCAUUGAGAAGAAGGCACUGAAGGCUGUGCAGGAGCUGAGCUCAGCUGCCCCUGCUGCCCCCACCCAGCCCCUGGCACGCAAGGCCAAGAGCAUCCCUGUGCAGACCUUUGAGGUGAAGCUGGACGUGGGGCUGGGCGAGCUGCCCAAGCUGGGCAAGUGGCAGAAGCAGAGCCUGAGCGUGGACGUGGAGGGUGGCAGGCUGGUGGUGCUGCGGCGCCAGCGCGACAGCCAGGAGGACUGGCACACCUUCGGGCACCAGCGCAUCCGGCAGCUGAUCAAGUCGCAGCGGGUGCAGAACAAGCUGGGCAUCGUCUUCGAGAAGGAGAGGGACAGGACCCAGCGCAAGGACUUCCUCUUCGUCAGUGCCAGGGUGAGUGCCCGCAGCGCCCAAAGCCCAGCUUUGCCUCCCCUGCCCCCUUGA